AUGGCCAUCCGCAAGCCUCGCUGCAAUUUCAAGGAGUGCAAGGAAGCCGCCCAACGCAUCGUCGGCGACUGCAGCUUCUGCAGCGGGCAUUUCUGCUCGAAACACCGCAUGCUCGAAGCCCACUCGUGUACCGGCCUGGAGGACUGCAAGAAGGAGUCCCACGCCCGCAACGCCGAUAAGCUCAACAACGAACGCACCCAGGUCAUCAAGGGCGUCGAUCGUUUUCGUCUUGCAUCCCGGCUUCCCGUCGCGAUCGGGUUCACACCGUUUGGAAUUAGCGUGGUGUUGGAUUUGAUUGCUGGCAUGGAGGUCGUCUUCUACCUUUCCACAUAA